GGCAAACGACAAGUCAGCAAUUAGAAAUCGGUAGAUGUUAAAAAGUUCACUUCCCAAAGUGCACACGGAUGGCACUCGUGUGUACGUCCUCGCAAAAUGAGAGAAAGGCAAGGGGGAAUCCCCUACGGUGUAGAAUAGAAGCAAGAUUCUCGCAACCUGUGGACAUAUAAAUUAGAAUAAUAUGUCUGUCACAACUUCACGAGGAUCCAUGCUAGACAACACCCCCACUGAAUCACAUUUAUGGUAUCUCUGUCUUUUUUCUCUGCAUUCACUGACUUCACUAUAUAAAACCAUAUCCAGCCUCUAAUAUAUAUAUAUACUGGGUCUGCCUCAUUGACCUAAAAGGCUCAUGAUUGAGCUUCAAAAUUGCAAAAUCUCAGGUGUUUUUCAGGUGGGUAUUGAGCCCAUUUGAAAAAUUAGCUUACUCAAGUGGAAAAAUAUCUCUGUUUUUCACUUCUUUUAUUGAACACCAACUCACCCACGCGCAGAAUCAUGUAGCAGGCAUUACAGACUGACUUGACUGCCGCCCACUUGUCUGGGAAUUCUGCCAUUCUGGCAGGGACAUGUCCUUGUCAGGAUUUUUAAUUUUUGCUUGGGCUACCGUGGCAUGCCAGUACGUUCUGUACAGUAGCGCCCAUAACUGAUUGCAGAAUCCAGUCAAAACUGGUUUAAAUAUAGCCUCGGCAAAUUUUUUGGAGUCUGGAAUUGCUGUUAUAUGAUAAGUUUCAGGGCUCCUUUGUAAACCUUUUCUUUUUGAGUUGGAUACAGAGGUUUAUUUGUAUAACAGUACAGUAGAAGAGAAUGCAGGCAGGAGGAGAGAGGGGUGGUGAUGUGGAGAUAGCUUCUACAUCUAGAACGGGACAGCCCUUGCCUUUACCCAAGCCCAAAACCCCACCUCGGCAUCCUGAUAUUCAUGGAAAGUACAGAAAACAGGCAGAAUUGAAACAUUUGGACCAAGAAAUUUCAUUGUUAGAAGAAGAGUUGAGGUCACUUGAAGGUCUUCCCCCAGCUUCCAGAUGCUGCAAAGAGGUUGAGGAAUUUAUUCAUACACACCCAGAUCCUUUACUUCAGUCGUAUGACCCUUCAACUUGGGAACCUUUUGCUAAAGCUGAAGUAUUUACAGACAAAUGUAUGCAUAGCUCUUUUUCUCUUCAUAAAAGGUCAAUCUACAUUAGCAUGCUGCUGUUGUCCGAAGGAGCGAUCACAUCAGCCAGAAACUUCUUGCUGCUCUUGCAACUUCUUCCAAAGUUGGAGGCCCUCUUGUCCGAAAUUGUCAUGCAAACCACCGUGUAAAAUUCCUAGUUCAUCUUGCUGUAAAUGUUCCUGCACGGGAUGCUUCAGAUGUGUUAAAUGCUGCCAUCCAUGCAGAACAUUAUGAUGGAUGGUGAUGAAAUUAAGUUUCUGGAGACAGUUUCUUCUUAUGUAAACUUCAAAAAUAAAAAUUUUGAUCGGUGGCAAAUGUAUUUGAUGUUUAUAUGCUUUCAUUGGGAACAUUUGGAAUGAAAAUAAUUUUAUUUUUGAUAUUGUAGAAAUUGCUUGAGAAUAAUUAGUUACAGCCUACAUUUUGA